AUGGCACAAAUAACAUUUAUAAUCUUUUUGAUUAUAUUGACAAUUAAAGUAAGUGAAUCAGUGACUUGUGUCAAUCCAGAAGGAAAAGCAGUCAAAUGGUGGAUUCAUUUGGCAGAUGCCGAUUCAGCUUCACAAGAAAAUAUGUAUGCAAGAGGACUUUACUAUGAUUCUCUUCUCGGAUUGGAAUGGUAUCAUGACCAAGGUGGUGAAAAUAGAGUAAUUGAUAACAGUGUUAUCUAUCAUGGUCAUGUCAAGGUAAAUAUUAUAAUUCCCCAACAAUUAACUAAUACUUCCAUUAUUAUAAAGUCAUUAAUGCCAGAGUUAAAGAGUACUGGAAGUGGUUUGUACGAGAAAGGAAGUGGUGUUCAACCAUCACAACAUGCAUUCUGUAAUUCAUUGACUGGAAAACCUGAUCUUGUUAAAUACUUUGAUAUUUUGCAGAAUACCAAAGCUGUUUUUGUUCGUUCAAAGGAUGAUUGCAGAUACUUUCAACCAGAACUCACUCUGAAAGCUCCUUUGGAUAAAUGUGAUAAAAAAUGGAGAAAAUAUGUUAACCGUCAUCGAUUUAGAGAUGAGAAGAAUGAUGGAGAUCUCAUUCUCAAAAAACUGUUUACCAAAAAUCUAUUAGAUGAGGAUUCAUACACAACUACCAAAAAAUAUUGUAUGGAGAAUGAGGGACCAUUUACACUUGGUUCAUUCACAACGUUUUCAUUUUCUGCAGACAAAGAGAAUGAUAAGAAGAACUAUAAAGCCUUUAGUAAAUGUUUUGCCCUGAACUAUGGCAAGGAGAUCAAAAAUUACAUUAAAUUAGAGAAGGACCACUUUAGUAAAAAUAGUUGGUUUGAAAAACAAGAUCCAAUCAAAGUAGAAAUGUUGUCCAUGACCCAUUGUCUUAGUAAUGAUGAUCCAAUAGACGAUUCGAUUUGUUAUGAUGCAAAGACAGAUCCAUAUUUAUUGGUUGCACAACAUUAUAAUUCACACUUUUUCGUCAGUACUGAUCAAGAAACAUUCCCAUCAUUGAUUGGAUCAACAUUUAGUAUUCGAAACAUUGUUACUUGGAGUCCAUUAUGGAGUAGAGAAAAAAAAGAUGGAAAAAAUGCAGAAUCUAGAAGCAGACAUGAAAAGUUGAUGGUUUCCAAAUCAAAGAAUAUCAUUUGUCUUGGUGAUUCCAAUCGAAAUGAUUAUUCAGUUCAUCAUGCUGGAACAAUUUUUUGUAUUGAAAAUGAAAUUCUGGCAAAGAGAGUUUAUGAAUCGAUUGGAUCAUUCAACCUUUACAGACAAUUCAACUUUGGAAAUAUUGACAUAAAAAAUUCUCCAUUUGAAGAUGUCAAACCAGUUUGUUAUCUUUAUGCUCAGAGUUUAUAUCAUCCAAUCGCUAAAGUUUCAGUGGAUAUGAAAUUCUUUGAAAGAAAAGGAUCAAUCCCUCUCACCAAUUCUAAUAUCACUCCAGGAGAACCAAGUAAAGAGCAAAAAAAAUUUGCGGAAACACAAAAUACUAUGAAAGGUAUACAACAGAGUGAAAAAACCACGAUUGUCACUAGAAAAAGAAUCAAAGAUUUAAAAACUGAAUAUUCCCAGAUAAUAUUAUAUUUCUAUGGAAUAGAGACUGAACUAUGGAAUGACAAGAAUCAGGAUGUUGUUGAAUUUACAUGUAACACUACAACUCAUACUCUAAACGACAUAUCUUUGCAAAUGCCCAGUAAAUUCGUUCAUUGUUCACAAUGCUUUAAAAAGGAGUUAUUUGUUAAUCGAUAUACGGCUAAAAAGCUCCGGUCAGCAGGUGGUCGCAAACCGAUAUGCGUCUUUUGA